AUGCCCGCGCAGCGGCGGUGCCUGGGCGCGGCGUACGUGCCCGCGGCCCUGCGGCGGGGGCUGGUGACCGUGUACGACGGGGCCGUGCUCCACGCCGGCCUCGGCAACGCCGCCGAGAGGGACCGCGCGCUGCUCAACGUGAAUUUCGCCGCCCCGGCCGGCUACGAGGGGCUGCGGUCGCCCCUGGGCCUCGUGCUCAAUGUCGGCGCGUUCUGCGGGCCAUCUCGGCGCGCCUGCGAUUUCUCGGGCGUUCUUCAGGGCCCCGCCGCAGCCCGCUUCGAUCGAGCAAGUCGGGCGUCGCAGCAGGAGGCGCCGCGCUUGAAGCUACGCGCGGGCAGGGGUCGGCGCGCCCACGUGAAGACCCAGGGCAUGGACAUCAAAAUUUUGCUGGCGAGUGUCGCUGUGAAGUUUUGGAUCGCGCAAGUGAUAAAGAAGGAGCUGGAGGGCGGCCGCGAGGACUACCACUUGGUCGGCCACCUCCAGGACUCGAGGAGGCUGCAGCCGAUGCGGCUGUUGCAGCGGCUCCACCUCGUGGCGCGGGACCUGUUGUGCACGCUGGACCCCCAGCUCGUGCUCAAGAAGAUCCUGUCGAAGAUGUCGCCCGCCCUGCUGCUGGUGUCGUGCAUGGGCGUGGAGCGGUUCCUGUCGUUAUUCCGAACCUCGCCGGCAUGGAGGAUGCGGAUCUCAGUACUGCUUGAGCAGUGGCCCGUUCCUGAUGAUGUUGGUCCAGCUCGCCUGUACGGUGGCGCGAUGGACCAUCCUCUGGUGGAGGACGCCGUCCUCGGGAGCAUCUUCGAGGCUGCUGGCCAGACCUCGGGCAGGAGGUUCGCCGUCAAGGUCACCCACCGGCAGGCGCUGGAGGAGGCGCGGCGCGCCGCCUCGGAGGCGUUCUGCGAGGUGCCCCUGAACGAGAUCCGCUUCGCGGAGCUGAUGCGAGGCAGCAGGCACGUGGUUGAGGUGGAGGAGUGGGUGGAGAGUGGCGACUACGUCUGCGUCGUGUCGGCGCUGGCCGGCGGGGGCGACCUGUUCGAGGCGCUCGUGGCGAGGGGCCGGGGGUACGAGGAAGCGCACGUCAAGAGCCUGGUGCAGCAGGACGCCCCGCGCAUCCUGCAGGACGUCCCGUGCAUAUUGGUGCGCUCCGCCACGCGAUAUGGCUCUGGCCCCGCCGCCGCCGCAGUGCCAGGCUCACCCAUGCACGGCGGGCGCCCUGUUCAGGCAGAUGGCCCUGGUGAGCCCCCGCGCCGUCGCCGGGCCUCCGCAGCAGCAGCAGAACCGCGCCUGGGCACCCUGAGGCCGUCUGCACGGGCGCGCCACCAGAAAAGGUCGCCCGCGCGCCGCAAUCGGCGGAGCUGCGCUGAGGAUCGUCGGCCUCCGUGGGCCGCUGCCUUGGCCUGA